AUGUCCAAGGGCAAUAGAAUAGAGGUGACCUUCGACCUCUCGCUGGGCACCGCUUGUGACGUUGCGGAUGAACUGAAUUCUUCUUUUGUUGCAAACUCCCAUCGCAGACCGUCAAUAAUUCUAUUGACCUGCACUUCAAAGGAGCUCGCCGAGCGUACGAACCUUACUUCACACAGCACUGACAGUGAAUUUGAAAAGAGUGUACCAUCCGAUGUGGAUAAAUGCACUGGAAAACGAAGUGGACAAGUGGUGAGGGACAGGGUAGCACUACGAUGCGAAACGUGGCAGGAACGUCCUUCACCGAGUGGGUUCAUCGACCUCCGCCGCCGAACGAGAUGA